AUGAACUCCUUGCCGGAGCGGACCGGCUCGUUCGACCGGGUCACGUCGAAGUGCUUCGAGGACAUCUUCGUCGGCCGCACCACGAGCUUUGCCAAGGACCGGACCCGACACCUUGGCGCGGAGGCCACCGACUUGUCGGCCUUGGGCAGGCGUCCGAGACAACCACGUCCGGAAAAGACGCGCCGAAGUCACGACGAGGACCAUGACCGUCGGUGGACGCUUAGGCUCCUCAACGACAACGUCCCCAUGCAAUCGAUCGCGGCGGAUCAAAAUGGAUGCGACGCCGAGGAGAUGACCCCAAGAGCUCUGUGGCCUCAUGGUGUUCUUCCCCAGAGCGCAAAGCCGGUGAUCGCGAUUUCAGAGCCCGGUAUGCGCAAAGACGCGACGACGCACGACGACUCUCGCUAG